UUCGACGAGAGUCAGGAUGAGGACGGGUUCUUCGACGCUGACAGCGGCAAUGAAUCUGAAUCUGUACCAGGUCCAGGUCAGCCAGCACCACCAGGCAUACUGAGGCGGGCGCCUUCUCCGAACCGCGCAAGCGGCAAGGGCUACAAGGACGGCGGCGACGCGCGGCAUCACCUCCGCCAGGCGCUGGCGGCGGUCACCGACCCUGUGGUGAAGAAGGACCUCGAGAUGCAGAUCGCCAAGCUCAACCUGGCGGCCGACACGGAGCCAGAGCUGGGCGUGGUCGAGGCGUUGCGUCGCGCCGACGGCGCCAAGCGCAAUGCUGAACACAUACAUGAACAAGCUGUUGCGGCAGUACUACGCAUACGCAGCAACCUGGCGGCUGCGGAGGGGAAGGAAGCUACGACCGCCAUCAAUCUGGCCAAGGCCGUGGACGCUCGCAAGGUGGCUGCCCUUGCAGUCACAGAGGCGGAGGGUCUCGGCGGCACACCACUGGCGGCGGAAGCUAGCGAAAAGAAGAUACUCAACGCGGAGUGGGACGAGACGUUCUUUGGCAGCAUCGACGGUCUCGACGCCACCCCUGAGGAGAAGGCUGCGCUGCUCACGCUCAAGCAGCAGGAGCACCGGCGUAUCAUAGAGGAGAGGGCUGCGAAGAAGCGCAAGGCGGAGAACGGCAAGAAGCAGCAGGACGAGCAGUCGUCGGCCGAGGUCCCGAAGGCUCAUCCCGCAGCUGGAGGAGCAGGAGCCGAGAGUCCCACGGGCCCCGCCGCGGCGUCAGCGGCCGGCCAGGCCACGUCGACGCCCGAGGGCCCCACCGCCAACGUCAACGAGCAGCAGCGCAUCGCGGAGGAGGCCAAGAAGUUGUCGGGGGCCAAGUUCGCAGCGGCUGCCAUGGCGACCAAGGCCAAAG